AUGCCUUCCCAGGUCCGAUUCUCCGAGGAUACGAAGACCUUCGAUUCCCCAAGUAGAUUGUUCAGACUCAAAGGUAGCGACGCGAAUAUUAAGGAAGACCUGGAGCGCGGCCGCGGCGAACUUCGUUCCAACAUGCACGGCAAGAUUACCCUCAUCCCACACGCCGACUUCUUCACCCGCUUCCUCCCAUCGAUGCAGAAAUCCAGGUCGAAAUCCAACAGAUUCCAUGGCUUGGAAACACCUUCCUCAGAGACAGAUAUGUACAAGUCGCUGCCCAAGGCGCUGAACAAUGCCCACAUCUGCCCCCGCUUCAAGAUCAUCGCGCAUCCCCACAAGCCUGACAAGACCGAGCACACGAAACAAUCCGUCGACAUGGGCAUGUCUCCAGCCGACAACGUGCCAGAGGCUGAGAUUAAUGCGACCUACCCGGGCGUGGAUUGGUCUUACCUGGAGCUGCCGAUGGAGUGCAAGACAAGCAGCACGGAACAGGAUCCCUUCGAUGAGGAGCGGGGCGGCGAGCCGGUCGGGGAGAAGCGCAAGGAUGUGCUCGGCCAGAUCCUGUCGUACGCCGAGCUCGUCUUCCAACGUCAGCAGCGGAUGUUCUUCUUCAUGGUGAUCUUCCUCGGCGAUUACGCCCGUAUCGCGCGGUUCGACCACUCGGGGGUGUUUGCGACCCAUAAGUUCGAGUACAAGACCAAGAACAGCCCCCUGGUCAAUUUUCUGUACGGGUACUCGCGUCUGUCGGCUGUCGACCGUGGACAUGACCCUACCGCCACGCGAAUCCUAUCGACGGACCCGCUCUACAAGGAGAUGAAGGAACGGGCCAGAAACGUCAAUACGGAUGAUCCGCACGACUACGUGCGUGAAUUGUUCAGACAUACGCUCAAGUUACGUCGGCCGUGGUGGAAGCUCGAGGUCCACGAGCAGCGCAAGGAUGACACGGGACGCGACCUGGAACCCGUCAUCCACAAGUUCGCUGUCGGCGCACCGUACUUCCAGGCUCCCGGUGUGGCUGGACGGUUCACGC